AUGCUCUUUUCGCUAGCUGUUGCAACGACGAAACGAUGCAAUAGGCAACUUUUUUAUUCUCUUUUUAUAAAUAAUAUUUCAAAUUGUAGUUUAUUGACAAAAGGUACGAUCUGUCACAACAGAAAUAACAAAUCUUAUAUGAGAAACUUCUCAAUAAAAAUGGAUGACCCUGCUAAGUUUAUAGCUGUUUAUGUGACCGCUCCUAGUAAAGAAGUUGCUGAAAAAAUCUCAAAUGUGCUGCUAGAAGAUAAGUUAGCUAGUUGCAUAAACAUAAUUCCAGGUGUCACUAGUUUAUAUCAUUGGAAAGGGGAGAUAGCUAAAGAUAGCGAAGUCUUAAUGAUGAUAAAAACGAAGAAAAGUUUAUUUGACGAAAUUGUAAAAUCAGUUAAAUCAAAUCAUCCAUAUGAAAUACCUGAGGUAAUUUCUGUUCCAAUACAAGGAAGUAAGGACUAUUUAAAUUGGAUAAAAGAUUCAGUUAAAUUGACCUCUGAAAAGAGUGACUAA